UUCACUCAUUUCGUGAUCAUCAUAUCGAGGAGGGAUAUUAAAUUACCAAAAAUAGAGAUCGUGUGCGUUGGUUUAUUUACAGCCUAGAGGCCCUUAUAGCAGGGAAGUUUCAGAUUUUCACCAUUUUACCAUCUCAUUUUUAGAGGAAAGAAAUCCUAACAUCAUGUUCAUUCCUUAUGUCAAAAUCCCACUUUCAAUGACGUGAGAGUUUUGUACUUUAUUCUGAACUGUCUCUGUCCCCUUUGUUUAGGGCACCAUUACCCCCAGAAUUUUGGCCAUCAAAGCCUCGUUCAUCUUGGUGCCUGCUUGGUUACCACCUUAUCCAUACAAAACUAUUUUCCCCUUUCAAUUCCGAUACUAUCCCCCUGUAUGUCAAAUAGCAACCUGAAACUGCGUAGGACAAAACUGUCUUUUCAACUCACUUUAAGGUUUCCCCACUGUCACAAAUCUUAAACGUGGCCAUAUCAUUUUUAAAUGCCGUCUUAAGAUGGCAGCCAAUCGCCAACGUAACUUCAUUUCAUUUGUUGUUAUCGUUUCUCUUCCGUAAGACUAACCAAACUUCUCCAUUUCUCUCUCCCUUGCCUUCACCAAACUUUUCUGUCUUCCUCUGCCUAACCUCCUUUCUUGUUUUUCCUUAUUGACCUUUAAGACUGAUCUGGGCGCAAUUCAAGCACCUAAAUAGAAUUAAAAAACUUAUUUUAUCUCUAUUUCUUUCUGCAGCAGUAAGUUUACAUGGUAUGUUCACUAUCUCCUGCUUCUGCUUUUCUUUUUUACGGAAAGACUUACAUCAGCCUCGUCUGCACUUUGAUCUUGACGAAGGUUCUUGUAAAUAUUACUGUUUAUCCAAUAUUCUUUUUGCUUUAAACUCUUGAUUUUCACGCUAUAAUAGUUUAUUGACUUUUUUUUGUCAGGUGGUAUAACUUGUCAUCUUUAGAUCUAUUAUUCUAUUAUUGUUUCUAUUGUUAAGAAGGGCUGUACUUUUUGACGUUUGUUGGAUAUUAAAAAGAAAAAACCCCAGAUAUUGGAAAUUUUCACUGACUUAAUCCGUUGGGAUCUAAGAUGCAAGAGCUUUUAGUUUACUGUUUUUGACUGGAAAAAUAAGAAACGGGGGUUUCUGGAUCUGACCUCAGAAGUUGAAUUCUGGUUUUGGAAUUGUCUUGAAAGAUGCAAGCAAGAGAUGGGUCGGGUGGGUUUUUAGAGGAAGGCAAGGAUACUGUGGUUACAACUAGGACAAGCCAAUCUAGGACUCUGCCACUGAGGGUACUUCAGUUAUUUGGGUUGUUUCUUGCUCUCUGUAUCGCCUUUUCGAUCAUUAGUAUAUAUACAAUCCGGCGUUUUGGAAUUUAUAGUGUGGUAACUACAGUUAAGUCUAAUGUUGUGUCGUGUGAUGAAGAACCAAAUAGUUUGGAUCAUUGGAGAAAACCUCCAUCGAAUUUGCUUCACUCAAUGAGUGAUAAAGAGUUAUUAUGGAGAGCCUCUUUUGUGCCACGAAUAAAGAAGUAUCCAUUUAAUAGACUUCCAAAGGUUGCUUUUAUGUUCUUGACUAAGGGGCCGUUGCCAUUUUCUCCUCUUUGGGAGAGGUUUUUGAAGGGGCAUGAAGGGCUUUAUUCUGUUUAUAUUCAUUCGCUGCCAUCCUUCAAUACUGAGUUUCCUCCUUCUUCGGUUUUUUACAGGAGACAAAUCCCAAGUCAGGUCUCUGAGUGGGGAAAGAUGAGUAUGUGUGAUGCUGAGAGAAGGCUUAUUGCCAAUGCCUUGCUUGACAUAUCCAAUGAAUGGUUUAUCCUUCUCUCUGAAUCUUGCAUACCUCUAUACAAUUUCAGUGUCAUCUACCACUACAUAAAGAAAUCCAAAUAUAGUUUCAUUGGUGCAUUUGAUGACCCUGGGCCAUUUGGUAGAGGACGUUACAAUGAGAAUAUGGCGCCUGAGGUGAAUGUCACCCAGUGGCGUAAGGGAUCCCAAUGGUUUGAAAUUAACCGAAAGCUUGCAGUCAACAUAGUGGAAGAUAUUACAUAUUACCCGAAGUUUGAACAAUUCUGCAGACCAGCAUGUUACGUUGAUGAGCAUUAUUUUCCCACCAUGUUAACAAUUCAGGCAUCAAAUCUCUUAGCAAAUAGAAGCAUCACAUGGGUAGACUGGUCGAGGGGUGGAGCUCAUCCUGCUACAUUUGGUAGAGCAGACGUUACAGAAGAGUUCUUCAAGAGAAUCUUCGAAGGUCAUCAGUGCAUGUAUAAUGAUCAGCCGUCUUCGGUUUGUUUCCUUUUCGCCAGAAAAUUUGCUCCAAGCGCUUUGGAACCUUUGUUACAAAUAGCACCAAAAGUUUUGGGCUUCUGACUUGAGAAUGAUGAUCCUGAAGCAAAAUUUGAAGCGGAGAUUGGGUGCAUGAGAAGACUUAUGGGAGCAUGCCACUGCCAGGUCCAUUCUUUAAUCUCAUACAUAAAUGGGUCUUUUUCUUUUCGUUCUUUAUAAAUUUACCCUCGAGUCAUGUGCACAGAAAAUUGACGCUGGAGGUAUAUUCACAUUUUUGUAUUGACAUUAGAAUCAUAUGAUUAGAUAGUACCUAGUAUUUUGGUUUUUUCAAUUUUCAAUAACCUUUCCCUCUCUCUCUCUCUCUCUUCUCUCUCCAUGAUGAGCUUGAACUUUGAAUAUGGGAUCAUGUAAAAAACCUUUGGCUCCCAAACUAGUAACUUAGAAUCCCAUAAAUGCUGCCUGAGAUUAAACGCAAACAGUCCCCCAUCUGCCCCCAAAUUUAAGGAAUGUCACACGUGUGUGCCUUUGACACCUUCACCUGCCAUCAAUUCAAACCCUUCAAACCUUCAAUGGUAAGUUUCUCGAACUAUGAUAUGCAAUUGUCUUGCUUUCUUUUCUUCGAAUUUAGCAAAAAUACCUGUCCCUUUGGCGCCGUCUACGUGUUCUCCCCCGGUUCGCCCAAUGCCGCCUCUACCAUGUGAUGUUUUGUGGGCCCUCUAGGAAUCCUCAUUUGGCGACGGAAGGACCGUGAUUAUAAUAUUUCCUCAAUUGGGGCCUUGCCCCAAUCAGUCUCUCCCUCUCCUCUCGUCUCUUCUUUAUUGACCUGGCUACCCAUUUCCGCGCGUGUUAGCACGGGUGAAGGCCAUACCUUGACGUGUAGCCGAACCUUUUCGGUGCCAUCCAGAUGCUCCAGUUGAGAACACGCUUUAUAGCUGAGUAGAGCCACUACUGCCUUGAAAUGACAAAGAAUCAAAUUCUAAUCCCUAAGAAAGAACAGAGAGGUAGGCGCCUAACAAACAUUAACGGCGCCCAAAACGACCGCGUUUUUGGUUAUCAUACCUAACUACAUCAAUCUCCAGGCUGGAAAUCCGGGCAGCUGCCCGACCUUUCCUUCUUUCUCUUUCUACAUAUUAAGCGCCACCUAUAAUCCCACUUACUACCCAAAAACCCUCACACGUUUCCUCGCUCUUUUAGCCAAAAAAAAAAAAAAACCCUUUUUUAACGCUUAAGAAUUCCAACAACAAUGGCUCUCUCCAAGGCUUCUCUGGUACUUGUUCUCGUCGCUGUUUGCGCACUCAUGGGUUCAGCCAUCGCUGCUGACGCCCCAGCUCCAAGCCCCAUCUCAGGAACGGGCUCGAUCUCGCCCUCAUUCGUCUAUGUUUUCGUCGCCGCCGCUGUCACUCUGCUUUUCGGCUCUACUCUCAGGAUCUGAAGGAUGUUACCUCUGGUGGUUGCUUCUCGUUGGUUGGCGGCGAUGGAUGGUGUAGAGAUGGUGCUCGACUUUUCAUUUUAUAAUAUAAAUAUAUUGUUUUAAAUUUGGUUUGGAAUUUGAGUAGUGGUAGUAGAUCUAGGGAGUGAGUAUAUUCUAUUUAUGUGAGAGAGGUAGUGCACAGAUUAUUGAUUGGUGAUGUUCGGACUUUUAAAUUAUUUCAGUAUCAUUAUGGAUUGAUAUCAUUUUCAUUAGUAUAAUGAUAGAUCUUUUGUUUUGUAUAAUAUAUACAGCAUUUGUUUGUUAA